AUGUCCAACAGUACAGCAGGCCAUGCUCGCUGGGUCGACGAGCCUGACCGAAGAGGAACAUGGGCUAUUCUCUCAACUUGCAUCCUGACCAUUACCCUUUGUUGUUGGUCUUCUGUUUAUCCUAACAUUCCUCCAAGAUCGGCAGGUACAUUAAAGAAAGAGAUGGGAAAGAUAAAUCUCUUCUUGGUCGGUCUUCUUGGACCAGAAUUUUUUCUACCCAUUUCUCUUGGACAGUGGUCAUCCGCUCGGGCUUCAGUCAAGAGAUUCCGCGAGGCAGGAUACGAGAACUGGACUAUAGCUCAUGCAUUCUUCGCUGACAUGGGUGGAUUUCUCCUUGAAUCUCCUGGAAGCGAAAUUUUUCCAAUUGACGCCGAGCAGCUAUUCUGGUUGAUCAAAGAUGGGUUCAUAGUUUAUCCAGAGUUGGAUGUCGAGGACAUCCAAGAUAAAAGCAUGGCAAGAGUGAUCGCAGUAUUGCAAGCAGCUUGGUUUUUAAUCAACUGUAUUAUUCGUCUAGCCCAACAUCUUUUUUUGACCACUCUCGAGCUUACUACUCUAUCUUUCAUUCUAAUCUUCUUCGUCACAUCGUUCUGCUGGAAGGAUAAACCCAAGGACAUUUCACGAGCCAUUAUCCUAACUACAAACACCCCUAUUACUACUAUUCGCUCAAGAUAUCAUCCAUACCCUGAAGAAAGAUGGUACCAGACACCACUCGGUUUUCUUUCGCGCGAUGAAUGGGUCGCUGGUCGCCUGUGGCGUUAUUAUGUUCAGAUCCUACACUAUUUACACAUUCCAAUUUUCGCCCGACCGAGCACUAAGCCUUACGAUCAUUUCCCUUCCGAUACCUUCCUUCGUCCUGAUAGAGCAGCGGAGGGCAUUGCUCUUCCAUUCGUGCUACUGUUUGCUUGCAUAUUCAUAUUUGCUUGGAAUUUCGAAUUUCCUACCCCCACGGAAAGGCUUCUCUGGCGCAUUGCAGCAGUCUAUCAACUCGUCUUUAGUGUUGUCGGCGGAUUAAGUAUCGGGUAUGCUGAUGAAGUCAUUCUUCCUAAGUGGUUGGAAAAGACUGAGCUCUUUGAAUACCCACCAAAACGGCAACUCCCUCGACUUGCAUGGAAAUUGAGAAAUAUUCACCCCGAUCGAGAUCCAGACUUGACCCUUCCUUUGAGAAUACUUCUCCCAAAUAUCCUUCUUUCUGUUGCAUAUUGUUUAUCUCGGGCAUAUAUCUUGGUGGAGGAUCUUAUUGGGCUAAGAAGAUUACCAGAGGAUGCUUUCCAGAUAGUAAGCUGGUCGAAGUAUAUCCCUCAUUGGUGA